CGAUGAUUCACGCAACAAUCAAGGUCCCCGAUAAAAGCCGUGGGGGGGGCCAAAGUUCUUCUGAAAAGCAUACUCGCCCCCCAUAUCUCUCUCUCUCUAUUUCAGAAUUGCGAGUGUAUCGCGCGCGCGCCCUGUCAACGCACUGCUUUCCGACUGCCGCCUUUUCCAGCGCGGAGGUCGAAGGAGCGCACAUUAAUCGCCAUCCAACUACUCGAGCCUUUCGAGAUGGUGCAAAUUGCCAGCAACAGGGCACAAGGUGCAGCAGCAGGCGAUCACGGCUUCGUCUUGGGUCUGGACAGCUCCACGCAGUCCUUCAAAGCGUCUCUUCUGUGUAGCAAGACGCUGGAGCCGAUCAGCGAAGCGUCGAUCCACUUUGAUAGCGAUCUGCCGCAGUACGGUACGAGCGGAGGGGUGUUGGUGUCGGAACAGGGAGAUGAGGUUUGGAGUCCGGUCGAAAUGAUUGUGCAUGCCAUGGAUGAGCUGCUGGAUAAGCUCAGGCAGCAACGAUGGGACUUGGCCAGCGUCAAGGCUGUGAGCGCGAGCGGACAGCAACACGCCACCGUGUAUUGGUCUGAUGCAUCCACGGAUCUGCUGGCCCGGCUCGACGCCUCACGCACCAUCUCUUCUCAAUUGCAAGGCGCAUUCUCGCGAUCCAUCGUUCCCAAUUGGCAAGAUGCCUCGACCACAUCCCAAUGCGACUCUUUUCGGCGAUGCGCCUUCCGUCAAGCACGUGCAGCAGGCCUCGACACAGAGUACACGGAAGAAGCGGGAGACGAAGCGCUGACGAGAUUGACGGGAUCAGCGGCGCACACGCGAUUCUCUGGCGAGCAGAUCAUGAAGUUUAGACAGCGAGAUGCGGAAGCGUGGAAGGGCACGCAUCGCAUCGGAUUGGUCAGCUCGGCGCUGAGCACGCUCUUGACGCAGACGCAUCAAGGCAUAGACGAGUCGGAUGCUUGCGGCACGAAUCUCUGGCAAUUGUCUCAUCGCAAUGUCGACGACGACGACGAAGGAUGCAGUGUCGCUGCUGCUGCAAAGAGGCAUUGGAACGUUGCGCUACUGCAAGAGGUGGCCGGCUCUCAAGAAGAGGCGAAACGGCUAGAGGGAAUGCUGGGAGAGGUAGAGUGCGACGCCGGAAGAGUGAUUGGAAAGAUCGGUAAAUGGUUCGUGCAGCGCUACGGCUUCGACAGCGAAUGCAUCGUCUGCCCCGGCACUGGCGACAAUCCCGCGACAUUCCUAUCGUUCGCGUUGCCGCCCAAGCAGGCAGUCCUCUCCCUCGGCACGUCCGACACUGUCCUCCUCUCCUCGGACACUUACAAUCCAAAAGUCUAUGGUCACACGUUUGUCCAUCCAGCCCUGCGCGAGACCGAUACUGCGGAACUGAGGUACAUGAGCAUGCUGUGCUACAAGAAUGGAAGUCUAGCGAGACAAGCGAUCAGAGAUACGCUUAAGCCGCCUGAUUGGGAUCACUUCAACAAGAGCGUCUUUGACGCAAGAUCCGCCGGAUUGGGCUUGCCGCGCCGAGCGGCAUUCUACUGGUUGAGGCAAGAAAUCAUCCCACCCGGCGCUCGCGGAACGGUCAGGUACGAAUUGCACGGCUCUUCGUCCCAUUACCUACAACAGAAGCAAGCAUGGUCCGAUUCGGACGCGCUGAACAUUCUAGAAUCUCAAUUCAUGUCCUACCGUCAUCGAGUACGUCAAUACCUCUCCUCCUCCACCUCAUCCAACAACGACGCCGCCCAGUCCGACUUGACAUUGGACGCCGUCUAUCUGGUGGGAGGCGCCUCCAACAAUCCGGCAAUCCAACAGCUCGUGGCCGACGUGAUGGGCUGCAAAGUGUACCUUGCGCAAACACGGGGAAACGCCUGUUCGGUCGGCGCAGCUUACAAGGCAGCUUGGGCGCUCAGCAGGCACACCGCCGCCGCCGCCUCCUCUUCCGAUACAGCUGCAGCUGCAGCGGCAGCCGACAAAGAUGCGGCGAGGGAACCUUUCGAAAAGUUUGUCAGCCGAGUCAGGAGGGGCGUCGUCCUGGGCAGUGGAGGCGGCGCAGCGAAUGCGCGAGACGAACAACAUGGAGCUAGCCUAGUUGCGCAACCUGAUCCCAAAUGGACAAAGGUGUACGCCAAGACGCUCGACACGUGGAUCGAGUUGGAACGCAGGGCGCAGAGUGAUGCGGCAAGGGUCUAGCAUGUCACGAGGUCGAAUCAGGCACGCGAUACAUGUCGUUUUGCUGUGUUCUCGCAAAAAAGUGAUUUGUUCGCACGCUAUUGUAGCGGCCGCUGAGCAUCGGCGU